UCCCACCGUACACCCAUGGGUGUUCGAUAAAAUGCUUCGUUAUUUAUUUAUCAAUCUCUGAUAUAAAUGCCAGUUUUGUAGAUAAUAUUCCUAAUGAUUCGAUCCAAGUUUUGCCUAUUCAACAGUCAGUGUCGAACUUUUGGUGGAAAAGCAGCAGCAACAAUCGGCUUCGGUUCAAAAAUCCCGGAAACUUUCGUUGAACUUCAACUUGAACUUUGCUGAGUGUGGCGCUAACAGUAACCGUUGUUCGGUGAAAAACGUGUGUAUAAUAUCUGGAUCGAUAGGAGGAGGGUUGACCGUGAAUUCACCCCAUAAAAUAGCCCUGCCCUUGUGAAGCAUGUGCUUGAACUAUUAAAUUAGUAGAAACUUCCGAUUACAACGCAUAAAAAACGUGAAUCUGUUUCAGUAAUCACCUGUACACUGAUUGGAAAAUGGCAACAUCUGCGUGGGACAAAUUUUUACUGCUGCUGUGGAAAAAUUGGAUCAUCUCAAAACGGCACUAUUUUCAAACGUUUUUUGAAGUUUUGAUUCCGGUUGUCGCUGCCACUUUGUUGAUUCUAGUUCGUGGUCUAGUGGAUGCGGAACAGUUUAAGGAAAAUUUUAUUUUUCGCCCGCUUGAUUUAAGUAGUGCUGCAUUUGUAAGAUUGUAUGCGUUCCCUAACGUCAAUCCAACGGUUGCAAUAUUUCCACAGUCAAAGGUUUUGGAGAGGGUUGUCGAAAAUGCUAUCAAUCUUUUGGACUUUCCGAAUAUGCUGUACAUGUCCUUUGACAAUGCAACCACGAUGGAAGUGGAACUUCAGAGGAAUAACUACAUAGUUGGGGUGCAGUUUCCCGAAAGUUAUCGGAGCGCUGGUCAAAUUCCGCACUCUGCAGAAUUUGCCCUGCGCUAUCCGGCGGAAAUGCGAACCUUUAGAUCGGUGGACAGUGCCUUCUGGAACCAUUGGCAAACCAACCGAUUCUUCCCACCGUUUGACACACCGGGACCGAGAAAUCCCUUUCGAGAUGAUGCCGGCUAUCCGGCCAACUACUACAACGAAACGUUUGCCCAGUUUCAGAGUGCCAUAUCGCAAGCCAUCAUCAUGGAGCACGCGUCUGACUUCGAACCGUUGCCGACUUAUUUGAGGCGCUAUCCAUAUCCCCCAUUCUACAGCGAUCCACUGUUGUUGGGCUUGGAAAAUCUGCUACCGCUUAUCAUCAUAGUAGCGUUUUUCUAUUCUUGUAUCAACACCGUGAAAUACAUUGCCGUCGAAAAAGAACGUCAACUGAAGGAAGCUAUGAAGAUCAUGGGUUUAUCCACGUGGCUGCACUGGACCGCUUGGUUUGUUAAAUCACUCAUUCUGCUGUUGGUUUCAAUUUCGCUCAUAACUGUGUUAUUGUGUGUCAGCAUCACAAGCAACACAGAACUGGCGGUGUUCACCUACGCAAGCUGGACGGUCGUUUGGGUGUACCUUCUGGUAUACAUGAUUGCAACAAUCACUUUCUGUUUCAUGAUGAGCACGUUUUUCUCCAAAGCUAACACGGCCUCCGGGAUAGCGGGUUUGAUGUGGUUUGUUUUCGUUAUGCCGUACAACAUAGCUUUUUCGAACUACGAUACGCUUUCGCUGGGAGCCAAGCUGGCCCUAUGUCUUUUCCACAAUUCAGGAAUGUCCUUCGGGUUUAUGUUGAUGAUGCGGCAUGAGGGCACCACUGCCGGAGUUCAGUGGUCCAACCUCUUCAGUCCGGUCACCGUGGACGAUGAUCUGAGUGUAGGGGCAACGAUGAUGAUGUUGCUAGCAGACUCUGUGAUUUAUCUACUGAUUGCUCUCUACGUCGAAAAAGUCUUACCUGGUGAGUUUGGUGUUGCACAGCCAUGGUAUUUUCCUUUCACCGUUAGGUAUUGGACGAAUAGAGUGGAUGUUAUUUCCGACGGGUUUGAUGGGGUUAUGGAGAAUCCUGAUAGUCGAGAACCUGAUCCGCUCGGUAAGCAUGCAGGCGUUAGAAUUGUAGGUUUGAGAAAAGAAUUCGGUAAAAAUAAGGUAGCUGUGAAGCGUUUGCAUCUGAACAUGUUCGAUGAUCAAAUAACGGUUCUUUUGGGACAUAACGGCGCUGGAAAAACUACAACCAUGUCGAUGUUAACUGGUGUUCUUACGCCAAGCUCUGGGGCAGCGUACAUAAACGAUUUUGAUAUAAGAACAAACAUCGACAGCGCUCGACAAUCCUUGGGAUUGUGCCCUCAACAUAAUGUUCUAUUCGAUGAAAUGACGGUCGCCGAACAUAUAAAAUUCUUUGCGCGCUUGAAAGGAAUCAGUAGUAAAGAUGUUGACGAUGAAAUUGAACAUUAUGUAAAAGUGUUGCAAUUGGAAGAUAAAAUCAAUUCUCAGUCACAUACACUGUCGGGAGGAAUGAAACGAAAGCUAGCCGUCGGAGUUGCCUUGUGUGGAGGAUCCAAGGUAGUACUGUGUGACGAACCUACUUCCGGGAUGGAUCCUGCAGCAAGACGGGCUUUGUGGGAUCUACUUAUACAAGAAAAGAAGGGACGAACGAUUUUGCUGUCGACACAUUUUAUGGACGAGGCAGAUAUACUUGGCGAUAGGAUUGCCAUUAUGGCUGACGGGGAAUUGAAAGCAGUUGGUUCUUCGUUCUUCCUGAAAAAAAGAUUCGGUGUUGGUUAUCGAUUGAUCUGCGUGAAAAGAGACGACUGUAACUCGAAUAAUGUAACACAGUUGCUGAAUCAAUAUAUCCCGAAUAUAACGGUAGAUACUGAGGUCGGUUCUGAGCUUUCCUAUGUACUGGAUGAUAAUUUUAUCAAUAUUUUUCCUACGUUAUUACAAGAUUUGGAAAAUAAUUCCGAACCAUUGAAAAUAGAUAGUUACGGUAUAUCGUUGACAACAUUGGAAGAAGUUUUUCUGAAAGUUGGAAGCGAUUCGAAUUCAUCAGAACCGAUCAAUCUGGAAGAUGAUAACUUACAACAAUAUCAUGAAAGCAACGGUUCAAAAGUUGCAAUAAAUAUGGCAGAACAUGACAAAUUGCUUUCGGGAUACAACCUGAAGCUGAAUCAAAUUCACGCAAUGUUUCUUAAAAAGGUAAUUGUGACCUACAGGAGUUGGAUAUCGAUGCUGGUACAGAUAUUUAUUCCAAUCUUCUUCGUGGUGAUGACUAUUGUUAUAGUACGCUCAUUUCCGGAUAACGUCAGGCUGCCAAGUUUGCUGAUUUCCUUCGACGAUUACGUUCGCACAACGACUGUUCUAGAGAAUGAUUCGAUUGAUGCCGCUCUUAUCAAUGCGUACCAGAAACUUUUUAUCGGAAAUCACAGAACCGAACGGAGGCUGCUCACAAUAACAGAAGACAUGAACAGCUUCAUUUUGAGACAGACACUUGCAAACUCACCCCUGGUGAACAGCGAAUUUCUUGCUGGGGCCACCAUUGCCAAUGAUAACAUAACAAUUUGGUUCAAUGCCCAGGGGUUCCAUACGGCGCCGCUCGCUAUCAGCACCUUCUACAAUGCGCUCAUUCGUACCGUGUGCGAUGACUGUUCUAUCAGGGUGACCAACAAACCACUUCCGUUCCGCCCGGAAACAAGGUUCACGCAACUUCAAGCUGGAAACAAUAUGGGAUUCCAGUUGGCUUUCAAUACCGGAUUUGCAAUGGCGUUUGUGGCCGCUUUGUAUGUGAUGUUUUACAUCAAGGAACGGGUAACGCGGGCCAAGUUGCUCCAGUUCGUCAGUGGCGUCAAUGUGUUUUUCUUCUGGUUGGUAUCGUUCCUGUGGGACUACAUGACAUACAUCAUCACGGUUUUGUUCUAUAUCGCGACGUUGGCUGCUUUCCAGGAGGAUGGGUGGUCCACUUUUGAGCAAUUGGGUCGCGUAUUUCUGGUGUUGAUGGUCUUCGGGUUUGCUUUCCUGCCUCUAACGUAUCUGUUAUCGUUCCGAUUCGAUGUUCCGGCCAGCGGUUUCGUGAAACUUAUGCUGUUGAACAUAUUUACCGGAAUCAUAUUCUUUAUGGCAGUUUUUCUGCUGCUAUUUGAUGGGUUUGAUCUGGUAGACGUGGCACGUGGCCUGGAGUGGGGUUUUAUGAUAUUCCCGCUGUUCGCGCUCAGUCAUGCCCUAAGCAGCAUCAACAUAGCUUCGACAACGCUGCAAAUAUGUGACUCCCAAUGCCAAUUAAUUCCGCAAUGUACAGAAGAACUCCUCUGCAAAUUGUUUCCCAAUUGUUGCGAUGUUCAAAUAUUUUCGUUCGAACCAACCGGAAUCAAUCGUAAUUUGCUAUUCAUGACUGCACUUGGCGUGGGAUGCUUCAUACUGCUAAUGGUGAUUGAAUAUCGACUGUUUGGAUCAAUCAAUAUGCGGAAAAACGAAGCCCCUCAACUUUCGCUCAAUAUCGAUUCCGAUGUGCUAGCUGAAAAAGAACGAGUCAGCCGAAUGACUGAAGCUGAGAUAGGUGCAACCAAUCUGGUACUUCGAGAUUUGACGAAGUUUUACAAAUCUUUCCUGGCUGUAAAUCAGCUUUCGGUUUCUGUUGAACACUCGCAAUGUUUCGGCUUGUUGGGAGUUAAUGGAGCUGGAAAAACCUCUACUUUCAAAAUGAUGACUGGGGACGAGAAUAUUUCUGGUGGAGACGCCUGGGUUAACGGUUACAAUUUGAAAACUGACAUGACAACUGUUCACCGACAGAUAGGAUAUUGCCCACAGUUCGAUGCUCUUCUUGACGAUAUCACCGGGAGGGAGACGUUGAAAAUAUUUGCGCUUCUUCGAGGAGUACCACGAAGCGAAAUAGCUUCGGUCAGCUUGAAGUUGGCAGAGAGUUUGAACUUUUUGAAGCACAUUGACAAACGUACUAAGCAGUACAGUGGAGGUAACAAACGAAAACUGAGCACGGCGCUUGCACUAAUGGGAAAUCCUUCGGUAGUAUAUCUGGAUGAACCCACCACGGGAAUGGACCCGGGAGCAAAGCGACAACUGUGGGAUGUUAUUUGCAAAGAGCGUGGCGCCGGAAAAUCUAUCAUUCUAACAUCCCACAGUAUGGAAGAAUGUGAAGCACUAUGCACUCGGCUAGCCAUAAUGGUUAAUGGAGAAUUCAAAUGUCUCGGCUCCACACAACAUUUGAAAAAUAAAUUUUCGAACGGUUUCCAUCUCACGAUCAAACUGAAAAGAAAACUUUUCGAAACCGAUGCUGUAAAGGUGGAUCAAAUUAAGGCAUUCAUCGAGGAAAGAUUCCCAAAUUCUGAGCUCAAGGAGGAAUACUUGGAAUCCCUAACGUACCAAAUCCCAUCACAUGGUAUACGAUGGUCGGCUAUGUUUGGAAUAAUGGAACAAGCGAAACGAACCUUAGAAAUCGAAGACUAUGUGCUCGGGCAAACGACUCUGGAGCAGGUGUUCCUGGGAUUCACCAAAUAUCAGCGACUGAACGAGAAAGAAUAA